AUGAGACUUCAUUUUUUGCUGAUGAACCUCUCCAGAGACAAGAAGACCUGGCCGAUAUAUAUGACGAUAGGCAAUAUCCCAGGCACGGUACGAUCUAAGCCAUCGGUCAAGGCGCAUUUGCUGCCAAUAUCUCCCAAAAUAAUUGGCGAUGCGACGUCAAAGGGGAGACUCCGGUCAUGGGCGGCGGAGACGCUGAGGAGCACCAUGUCGAUUAUACUGGAGCAUGUGCUGCAUUUUGACCAAAGACUCGGCGUCUUAAUGGGCUGCUCAAACGGGUACGAGAGACGUUGUUGGCCGAUUCUGACGGCAUGGCUUUCAGACCAUAUGGAGAGCUGCAAUAUUCUGAAUAACAAGUUCAAAUUGUGCCCCAAGUGCGAGGUACCCAUCAAUAGACUGGGCGAAUACGAAGCCUAA